CACAAUGCUAGGCCGUUCUUAUUAUACAUCAGUGUGCUGGGCAGGGUUUGGGAAUUAACGGGCGUACUGUUGCAGUUAUUUUAAUCGCUUCGAUCAAAACAGUGAUUUAUCGACUACACUUCAGGCCUCGGCCUCAAGGUGGGGCAGAACAAAGUAGGUGGUGGGGCAGGAAGGCCUAGCCCCCCCAUCCUGACAAGAGGCCAGCCCCAGCUUCUGCUCCAGUAGCCCAUAGCCUCUUGAGGAGCAAGCAGGGACCAUGAGCACAGGCAAACCCAGUGGAAUCAAGCCUCCCAGCAAGAUAAGCAGGCAAACUGGAUUACCGACACGCACCUCCCCUUCCUCUACUGCUCCAAAGCCUGUUCCUCCAGAGAAGUCUCCCACCCAGGAUGGAGAAAUGGACUACCAGGUGGGGGAGAAGGUGUGGGUCAACGGCAACAAGCCAGGAUAUGUCCACUUCCUGGGGGGAACGCAGUUUGCCCCAGGCCAGUGGGCUGGCAUCGUCCUGGAUGAGGCCAUUGGAAAGAAUGACGGGUCGGUGGCAGGGGUCCAGUACUUCCAGUGCGAGGAUGGCAGAGGAAUAUUCACACGCCCCUCCAAGCUGACCAAGACGGCUAUGCCAGAGAUGGAGGCCAACUGUGGGCAGUCUAACCCUGGCGAGACAGGGGCAAACUCCCCUACCACUGCUGCUGCUGGGGCUGCUAAUACCACUGGUAACAGCACCAAGACACCGCUGAGCAGAACCAUGACGGGCAGUGGGUCAGUGUCCAACCUCUCUGAGACAGACUCAGCCAAGAAGACCAGAAGAGAAUUGAGACUGGGAGACCGCGUGCUGGUGGGGGGUAAUAAGUCGGGGGCGGUGAGGUUCAUGGGGGAGACAGAGUUUGCCAAGGGGGAGUGGUGUGGAGUGGAGCUGGACGAACCACUUGGGAAGAAUGAUGGAGCCGUGGCUGGAUCCAGGUAUUUCCAGUGUCUGCCGCGGUACGGCCUGUUUGCGCCGGUCCACAAGGUGAGUCGUAUCGGCUUCCCCAGCACCCUGGCUAAAGCCAAGGACUCCUCACGGAGACGCUCCACCAUGAAGAGGAGUCCCAGCGCCUCCUCCUUGAGCUCCCUGAGCUCUGUCACCUCCUCUGUCAGUGGGAAACCCAGCCGCACUGGCCUGCUGACCGAGACCUCGUCGCGGUAUGCUCGUAAGAUCUCUGGCACUACAGCGCUACAGGAAGCCCUGAAGGAGAAGCAGCAGCACAUCGAGCAGCUAUUGGCCGAGAGGGACAUGGAACGCGGGGAGGUCGCCAAGGCAACCAGCCAUGCUGGGGAGGUGCAGCAGGAACUGUCACUGCUCACGAAGGUACAGGGGCAGUAUGCUAUGGAGAUGGAGGCUAAGCUAGAUCAACUGCGUGAACUGGUGGAAACAGCAGACAGAGACAAGGUGGAGCUGCUGAACCAACUGGAGGAAGAGAAGAGGAAAGUGGAAGACCUGCAGUUCACUGUGGAGGAAGCUUGCAUCACUAAAGGUGACCUAGAGACGCAGACCAAACUGGAGCAUGCCCACAUUAAGGAGCUUGAGCAGAGCCUUCUGUUUGAAAAGACCAAAGCUGACAAACUGCAGAGGGACUUAGAGGACACUAGGGUGGCCACAGUGUCUGAGCGGUCUAGGAUCAUGGAGCUGGAGAGAGAGGUAGUGGAGCUGCAGUUGAGACUACAGUCCUCCCAGCAGACAGAGGGCGCUGUGUCGCUGUCACCAGAGGAGCUCAGCGACCUCAAGGCCAGGUCCCAGUCCCAGGAGAAGAAGAUCUGCGAAAUUAGUGUGGAGCUGGACAACAGGCAGGAACAGCUUCGCUCUGUGGAGGAGGACAAAAUCUCCCUGGAACAGCAGCUAACCAGCCUGAGACAGAAACUGGACGCUGCAGAGAGAGACAACAAGACGAUGGCACAAACCAUGCAUGAGCUGGAGAAGAGAGUGGAGCAGGCGGGAAAAGAGAGGGAGGCACAGAGAGAAGAGAACCAACGCAAAGAGAAAGAGCUUCAGGAUAGACUGACGCAGACUGCUGAGUCGUCAGAGAGGACCACCCACUCCGUGGAGCAGCUGACCAAUGAGAAGACAUCGCUGGAGGCUCAGCUCGAGACGCUGAAACAGCAGAAUUCCAAAUUCCAGGAAGAACUCAGUCUCUCGCAGGAGCGGAGCAGCACGCAAAACCAGCGCAUCGGAAAUCUGUGCAAGGAAAUUGAGGAACUGAAGCUGAACAGUCAUAAGUCUCAGUACCAGCAAGACAUGAAAGACAGGGAAACUCUAUCCAACCAGGAGACAGGGGAGGAGAGAAACUUCCAGAAGACAGAUAAGGACAAGGAGCUGGAGACUCUGAGGAAUGAGAUUGUGGUGCUGCGAGGUGAGAACGUCAUGGCCAAGACGCUGCAGUCUGCCGUUGAGGCGCUGGAGAGAGACAAGGCCCAACUACAGGGAUGUGUCACCAGCCUGGAGCAGAGGCUCAUGGGACAGCAGGCCUCCGAGGGAGGGGACAGUGGAAUACCUUCCUCAGGUGAUGCAGUUCUGGACCAGCUGAGAGAAGAGAAGGAGUUUGCAGAGGGACAGAUUAACUUCCUGAACAGUGUGAUUGUGGACCUGCAGAGGAAGAACGAGGAGUUGAAGGUGAAGCUGAAGAAGAUGGUUCUGGCUGAGUUCAACGGCAAUGACGGCAUUGACGGUUUGGAAGAGUGUGGAUCUAAGAAGGACAAGAAGGCUCCUCCUCGUCUGUUCUGUGAUAUCUGUGACUGUUUCGACCUCCAUGACACCGAAGACUGUCCGACCCAGGCCCAGAGCCCUGACUCAGUGCCCCACUCUUCCUUCAAGGGCAAGCCAGCCGACCAGCGGCCGUACUGUGACAUCUGUGAGGCCUUUGGUCACUCCACAGAGUCCUGCCAAGAUGAUCAGACCUUCUAGACUCACUCUCAUCCACAGUAUCCCACCCCUGCCCUGCACAGACCGCCAAACACCGACCAGACUCCCUCUGGGUUUUUAUAUCGUAUUUAUGUAUGUCACUCACUGUCAUAGUCCCCUUAGGUAACUCAAAAUCCCCCGCUACCUAAGACUCUCCUAUUACUUAUACUCUCCUUUCCUCGCUCUCCUCUCUAACUCUCCUCCCUCACCAACUCUCCUUUCCUCGCUCUCCUCUCUAACUCUCCUCCCUCACCAA